CUCCCCUCAGGCGAGGCCGGGCCGGCUCCGAGCGGGCAGUUGCCGCCUUCCCUCCGGCUCUGUGUCCCUCCUCCUUCCCUCCGGGUGUCCUUCUCCUCCUGCCGGUGCCUCUCCCCGGCGGCUCGGGGACAGCAGCCCCCGCCGAGAUACUGUGAGUAAGGACACCGAACCCAAAGAUCCGUACCCCGCUCCAAGAAAGAUUAUGGCCGAACCAGACUACAUAGAUGAUGACAAUCCUGAAUUAAUUAGACCUCAGAAAUUAAUUAAUCCUGUGAAGUCAUCCCGGAAUCAUCAAGAUCUCCAUAGAGAGCUGCUUAUGAACCAGAAAAGGGGUCUUGCACCUCAGAACAAACCAGAGUUACAAAAGGUGAUGGAGAAAAGAAAACGAGAUCAAGUUAUUAAACAGCAAAAAGAAGAGGAGGCACAGAAGAAGAAGUCCGACCUGGAAAUAGAGCUACUGAAACGGCAGCAGAAGCUGGAGCAGCUGGAACUGGAGCAACAGAAGAUACAGGAAGAGCAGGAAAAUGCACCUGAAUUUGUCAAAGUCAAGGGCAACUUGAGGAGGACGGUCCAGGAAGCAACAGAAGCACCAGACUCCUAGAGCCAGCACCUGCUAAGACUUCCAGCUUUCCUGCGGUGGCUGCAGAGAGGCUUUUGCAAGUUGUCUCUGAUUUUCUUGUCAAGAGGGAGAAGAACAGCAUCCAGCUGACGCUUACUGAAGAUGAGAUUUUUAAUUCCUGGGAAGCGUGGAUUAAAAAGACUGUAACAGAAACAGAUCGACUUGCCAAAUGCAGUCCUGAGAGUGACGGAUAGGGAGUCUGUUUGUCAGUUCAGUGUCACGGACCGGUCUGAAGUGCUCACUCAGAGAUUUUAACCAGGGAUACUAGGGAAGUUUCUUCAGCGUUGCACUGCUUUAUCUCUUGUGAUCCUAGCUUAGUGGAGAUACACAGAUUAUAUUUUGCUUUAAAACGAAACAAAAGUCCUCCUGUGGUAUCUUAAUGAAACUAUACUGUGCAGGUAAACUUCCUCCAUCUAGACCUACACCCUGCGUGCUUAUCACAAUAAUUUGUGUUCGGUCGGAAUUUUUAGCAAGUUUCGGAGGAGAUGAGGUAUGAUGAUCGCUGCUGCCCAUCCCCAGCGGGAUAGGCAGGUGUAGGCCAGAUGGGUAUGCUUAAAAUUCACCAGCAGUGAACUGUUGAGCAGCCUUAAAGCCCAGUUCUCCCUGUUGAACAUGCAGAAUUUGGGCUAUGAAAGAGCAGAAAUCUGAUGAUCCUCUCACCAGAGAGAAUCCAGAAGCUGAUUUAUCAGUGUCUUUGAACUUCUCCCUUGAAAUGUUGUGUGAAGGUCUGUGCAGUGCUACCUGUGUAUUUACCUCUCUCAUCUCUCAAUGCAAAACGACCUGUCUUCUUCCUUUGUGUUUUGAAAUCCUACCUACUUUGCUGCCGUGGCCUUUCUCCUCCAAGAACAUGCUGGUCUGAAUGCAGUGUUAGCACAUUACUCGCCGAGACGUCUUCAGCUGAAAUGAGGAGUCUGGUCUGCCCUCAGUCCCUGCUCAGUUGUUGCAGGAACUUGUUGCAAUUGCUGCAACAGAGCUGUGCUUAAACCAGACCAAACCGAUCAUUGCAAUCUACCAAAAUGGAAAAAAAAAAAUCCCUGAAGUGAGGCAUAAAGUGAACCUCAUUUUAUCCUGUCCAUCCUCUAGCCUCAAAGAAGAGGGGAAAUGUGUUACCACUGAGCCUUCGGGUCCAGUUCUGUCACCUUCUGCCUUUCUGCCAGUUGCCCCCGUGACUUGCCGUUAAAUAAACGCUACUCAGCUUGCAUAGGAAUGGCAGAAUCUGAUCCUUCAUGCUUAUGACUACUAGUUGCCCAGGGAAGCCUGGGGUGAGGAGGGGGGAACAGGUGACUCACGUAGGAUUAUAGGACUGGAUUCUCACUUGGUGUGACUGGGUGCGGAAAUUGUAUCUUCAGAAGCUGGGGAAAAAUCCUCCUCUUCUUCGACUGGCGUAUUCCUAGCUCUCACUGAGGCUGUGCUCGUCCAUAUCAGCUGGGGAUCUAAUCAUGGUCUUUGCCUUAGGAUGCUAAACGAAAUAAUUUCUACUCUGUAAUUACAUUGGAGAUAACUGUUUGAGAACACUUUUCCCUGAUAUCAACAGUGGCGUGUUUGUGUUGUAAAGGUGGUGGGGGAGGGUUUGUUGGUUUGUUUUUUACUUUCUUUUGCCUUUCCUGUAAGUAUUGGAUGUUUUAAAUACAAUUUCAGUGCAGCACUUGGGACAAAAUGCCCAUAAUUAGCAAUGUUUCCUAGUUACAGGCUUCAAUUUGUCAAGAUCCAGGCAUUUAUUAUGAGGGCAUAAUCAGAUCAAGAGUAAAUUGAAUUGCAAUAAGUGUAUUGCCAUUGAUUUAGAUUUGCAGCGUGACUCACGUCUAGAAGAUUAAAUGUGAAGAUGGUCUACCAGACCGUUCUCAUUAUGGGCAUGCAGCAGAAGACAAAGGCCAAAUGUAAGACUCUUCCAUGUAUUUUCUCAACAGAGGAACUCCCGGAGUGCUGCAGAUGCUUCCCUCCCUCCCUCCCUUCCUUCCUCUAUUAGGAGAGGAUCUUCCCUUCUGGGCAGCACAUUAUUCAAACACGUGCACUGAUGGAGUUGGUUUCGUGCUGCUGAUUGUUGAGGCAGUGCUGUAUGCUGGAUUUCCAUACCACGCUCACCGAUAACCAUCCCCAGCCUCCCAAACUUCACGUCUGUUGGCUUCCACUCUGCAGUUAACCUCCUGCUCAGCAUGGAAGCGUCUCGAAAUCGGUGAGGAAACCCUCCUCUGGCUUGAGAAGACCAUUUCUUCUCAGCCAUUUGAACGUGGCAAUCCUCCUGUGCAGGCACAGCAAAAGGGAUGGAGCUUGGUGCAACCCACAUGCCACUGGAGUCAGAGGGGAUGCCGGCUGCUCCUUGACUUCAUUGAGUGUUGGGUUUGAAGCUCAAAGUCUGUUGCUUUCUCUCCGUAUCACCUCGUGAUUCAGGCAGAGUUUCUCUUUCUGAAACACAGGAGGCCAGAGAACUCCUUGUACAUACAGUGUGAAGCAGAUUUGUUGUUUGUUUUCACUUGGAAUUAACUCCUUGUACAACCGGCACAUCAACGUGUCUGUUACGGCAUCUCUGAACCCUGCCGACCUUGUAGUGUAGGAAUCAAGUCACCCAUGUCAUUUCCACAAGCAAAAGCUUGUCUUUCAAGUCAGGAUUGGGCUAGGAAGGGCAACCCUACGUGGGUGGUCAGCUAGUCACACCACGAGUGUCCUGUGCAGCUCCUCAAGAAACCCCUUGCCAGUAAGCGAUUCCCAGCCUGCCCUUGAGCUCUAUGGGAUUUGUAGCAAUCCUGCAAAUACUUCAAUGAUUUGAAAACAGCUCACUUUUACCACUUUUGCCUCUAAUAAGGCAGAACUUUUUAAAAAUUCUUGCUUUUGAUAGUACGGUAGUAAAUUUUUAGACUUUUUUGUGGCUUUAACCUUCUGUUAAUAUCUGCACUUGUUUGAGUGUACAUAUAUAAAUAUAUAUAAAUAUAAAAAGGGAGCCUUAAUGGAUUUGUUUUCAUAAUUUAAUAUUUUUUGUAUUUGCUCUUGUAUAAUUGUUUUUAACUAAAAGUAUUACAGAAACAAGGAACACUUAGAACCAAAGCUAUGCUUAAUAAAAUCUACUACGUGCUUGGAGA